GGCUGCCUGCCUGGAGGUGUGCUAAGGAGUUAGGAUAUAGUUUCCUCUAGAAAACUAAGGAUUGAGGGCAGAGAUCACGUUUCUCUGCGGAACCAGAGGGGGGUUCUAUGAAUACCCUAGGGCUAUCACAGCUGAAUGGUAUGGGUCUCAUUGUACUUUGGAUUCCUGGGGCUGUGUUCUGUGGUAACCGGUGGCUGCAUUCUCUUUCUGCACUGGAGGAAGAACUUGCGACGAGAAGAGCGUGCCCAGGAGUGGGUGAAGGUGAUGAGAGCCGCCACGUUCACCUACAGCCCCCUGUUGUACUGGAUUAACAAGCGUCGGCAUUACGGCAUGAACACAACUGUCAACACGGGCCCUCCCCCUGCUGUCACCAAGACCGAGACUGAGGUCCAGAAUUCAGAUCCUCUGUGGGAACUGGACGUCCCUGGGAGCAGGAGCUCUGCUGCCCAAGACAGCAGCCCCAAGGUGGAGGCCCCUGCCCCCCCGCAACCUGCACUACAGCUGGUCCCCGGGCAGGCUUUACCUUCCCCAGUGCUGCAGUCCCGGACCAGCUCCCCACUCCUGGUGCCCAUCUUUCAGGAGGUGCCCUUUGCCCCUUCCCUGUGCAACCUGCCCCCAGUGCUGAACCACUCGGUCUCCUACCCUUUGGACACCUGUCCUGAAAGGAAUGUCCACUUCCAUUCCCUCCCCACGAUGGUCCAUGAAGACCACUGCUUCAGUGCCAAGGCUUUUGCUUCAGAAUUAUAGCCACCUCUCACUGAGGGUGGGAGCUGGAAGUAUUAUGGGCAGAGCAGGAAAAUGGACCGAACCUCGGGGAGGUGGUAUUGACACACAGACCAGAACUCAUCUGGAUGUCACAUUAUGAAAGACUAAAAAAAGUCCAAGGC